UAAACCAGGCUGCACCAGUGCAACGUUUUAAUGCUUUAAAAAAAAUCCGCGCUUGUUUGUUUUUCACUUACCAAACGUCGUGUUUUUCGCUUUUUUACAUAUCGUGUGUUUUUUUUGAAAAAGCGUCCGGCUCCGCUGCGCCCGGCCCCGGCCUGCACCGCCGCGCAGAGGAGGGAGAAGAGCCUACAGCGCAGGCUAAUGGCAGUCGGGCUUAUUACUGCCGUAAACACACGUCAAGUUGCCCGUGAACUUUGUCACAUUUCGGAGCCAUGUCCUGCCCGUUGCUGUUGCCGCUGCUGGGGAGGAACGGCAGGAGAGCGAUCUCGGUGAUCGGCGGGGGGCGCAGAGGCACCGACGCACUUUCAGGAGUUCAUGCGGCUGCGAGGCGCUUCAUCGUAGAUCUGUCCUACUCGGCGCACUUCAUGGAUUUUAAAGGAUCCUCCAUACCGAGCAGCAUGAAAAAGCUGGUCGUAACCAAGCUCAGUCCCAAUUUCCGAGAGGCCGUUUCCGCGCAAACCGUGGCCGUUCCGACACCGGGAGACGCGGACUUGCUCAUCAGAAAUCGCUAUGUGGGAAUCAACGCCUCUGAUAUCAAUUAUUCAUCCGGCCGUUACGACCCCUCCGUGAAGCCUCCCUUCGACGCAGGUUUCGAGGGCAUCGGCGAGGUUGUCGGCCUUGGCCUCACCGCUAGCUCCCAUUACACCGUCGGGGACACCGUGGCCUACUUCGGAAGCGGUGCGUUCGCCGAGUACACGGUGGUGCCAGCCAAGGAAACUGUCCCCGUCCCUGCGGUGAAGCCAGAGUUCCUCACCCUGCUGGUCAGCGGAGCCACGGCCUACAUCGCCUUGAAACGUCUGGGCGACCUGGCAAAAGGUGAGACUGUCCUGGUCACGGCGGCCGCAGGAGGAACAGGACAGUUUGCCGUGCAGUUUGCCAAGCAGGCCGGGUGCCAUGUAAUUGGGACCUGCUCAUCCAAUGAGAAAGCCGGCUUCCUUAAAUCCAUCGGCUGCGACAGGCCAAUCAACUACACCGCAGAAGACCUGGCGAAGACGCUGAAGAAAGAGUACCCAAAAGGCAUCGACGUGGUCUAUGAGUCGGUUGGAGGCAGUGUCUUAGAGCUUGCAGUGAACAGUUUGGCUACCAAAGGCCGGCUGAUAGUGAUCGGCUUCAUCUCCGGGUACCAGAGCGCGUCGGGGAUCCCACCUUUCAGAGGGGGGACGCUGCCGGUCAAGCUGCUCCAGAAGUCGGCCAGCGUCCGGGGUUUCUUCCUGCCCCACUUCAUGAGUGACUACAGGGAGGCUCUGACUAGCAUGAUGAAGGCGUUUGCCAAAGGGAAGUUAGUGUGUGAGGUGGAUUGUGGGGAUUUGGCACAGGAGGGGAGAUUUGUAGGCUUGGAGUCGGUUUUCCGUGCUGUGGACUACAUGUAUGCUGGGAAAAACCUGGGCAAAGUGGUGGUGGAGGUGGCACCGCCGGCUGUUAGUAAUAGUAAGCUGUGAUUUAACUCAUUGUUGAUGCACUAAAGAAAUCAUACUUGAAUGUAGCUGAUUGUUAAGUUUAAGUCAGAAGACUGAAUGGCUUCACUGAACAUGUUUUAAUAGAGGUGAGGUUCUCUAUUUUUGUAAGAUGAUUAAUGCAGCCUAAUUAAUAAAAGCAACGCUAAAUAUAUACAUAAUGCUUUAAUAAAUAAACUUACAUACUUGCAAACUUUAUUUUCUGCUAUCAUAUUUUGGAAACUGUGCAAUAAAAGUAGAUUUUUAUGUA